GCAUAACAGUUACAAAUAAGAAUUUGAAAGCCACCUCGCCAUUCUGCAGCGCUAAUUUUGUUUUUGGGGAAUCAAAGUUAAUAAUGUGGAGAUUUAUAUAUAUAUAUAUAUAGGCAAUGGUGGGUGGAGCUUCAGGCCAAAGCCAUGGCCACUCCGAAAAGUGGGACGGCAGCUGCGAACACGUCAGCCAUCACUCGCUCAGCUUUAUUUAAUAUUCCACUUUCAAGUUUCACCCUCAGGCUGAAGCUCAAGGGAAGGGGGAAAUGAAGGCAACUGCGGGUUUCGUCUGCGAUCCUCACGCCCCUUUUCGAUUGCUACCCAACCACACGUCCUUCUCUACUUCCAUUUCCCGUUACAAACGCAGCCCUAUUCGAUUUCAUGCUCACAACCAGGAGAUUCGAGUAUGCACCAAUCGCACUUGCCGACGCCAAGGUUCCUUUCAGACACUCGAAACUCUCAACGGCCUCGCACCCCCCACCAUUACCGUCAAUUCGUGUGGCUGUUUAGGGAAGUGCGGCGCUGGCCCCAACGUCGCUGUUUUGCCCGAUGGAUUCGUCGUCGGCCACUGUGGCACGCCUGCUCGUGCUGCCGAGCUCAUGAUGGGACUCUCCGGUUCGGGUGGAGGCUAUGAUCCUCUUAGUGUCUCCAAGAGUUUGGAAGCUCUUGCUCUGAGGAAGAGAGCCGAGACCGAGAUGGAGGAGGGGGAUUUCUCUCAGGCCGACCUACAUCUCUCGCAGGCGAUAGAACUAAAACCAUGUGGUGGCAUCCAUAUAAUAUUCAAGGACAGGUCCAUCGUAAGAUUAGCACAAGGAAAUUAUUCUGGUGCCCUUGAAGAUGCAAAUGAAGCUCUAAAAGUAGCUCCUCAAUAUACCGAGGGUUAUAUUUGCCAAGGUGAUGCAUUCUUCGCUAUGGACCAUUUUGAUUCAGCUGAGACGUCAUAUUCAACAGCUUUAGAAAUUGAUCCUUCAAUUCGCCGUUCAAAAUCAUUCAAGGCACGAGUUGAUAAACUUCAGGAGAAACUCAGUGCUGUGAACAUCUCCAUUUAAAUCUGAGAUGUGAAUCAAGGAACAAGAAUAAUGGCCAGUUCGAGAUUCCUACAGGUUGCUUCCAGGUUUCACAUUCCUGACUCAGAUUGUCUUAGGUUAAAUGCUUUUUUUUUUUGGCAAUUUUGGAGUUUCAUGGAAAUCUGAAUGGGAAUUUGUAUAAUUGUACAUGAGAAUGAUUUGGAUCCCAAAAAGAAUAAGCAGCCAGUAAUGUCAAUAAGAAAGCACAUAACUUUAUGAAGAAAAAAGGACUAAACAUGAUUCAGUAA